AUGCGGGAAAUUAUAAAAAGGAGAGUAGGAGAGGGUUUCCGAAGGAAACAAAGGUUGGGAGAAAAGCCGCAAUUUAAGGUACUGCAGCAGAGCGGCCGGUUUCGGGGUAGCGAUGCGGUGUUGCGCUCAAGGUUGACCACACCCAGUCGCGACUUGUACAAACAUGGACAGACAGACGCGAAGAGACAACUGGGGCAAGGAAAGCCUAAGGACAAGAGUAGGGAACAAACUAUAAUCGCAAAUGUAUCUCUUCAACGGAGCACAGAAAGAGGGCAAGGAGAGAACGCGAGCCAAGGGAAGAGAUCUGGUCAAAACCUAGUUGAAGUUGCUGGAAGCGCGCACAUGGUUCACAGACUUGGCUGCGGCGAAGUGUCGUCGUUCCAGUACCAAGAAGAGAAGGGUGGCCCAGACUGGAGGGGGCUUCAGCAGCCUGCGAUUCCAACUCAAAAGUCCAAACUAUAUCUGACCCGCGGGCUGGUCUGGGGGCGGGUGGGAAAUAGCAGGUGA